AUGAAUGCAACUGAUGAACACAAUGAGGAACCAAAUGAACACAAGUGGGUCUGUCAGAUCAUGGUAGCAGAAGGAGUUAUUGGUGUCUUAGGGAACCUCUUAGUGUGCUACGUCAUCCUACGCGUCAAAUUCUUACACAACAUGACCAACUACCUGCUGGUGAAUUUGGCUGUUGCUGAUAUGCUGCUGUGUCUGCAAGUAUUCUUGUAUUAUCUAACAUCAGACUGUAAGCUUAUUGAUUUUUCUCGAUUUGGCAACAGCGUGAGAGACUUGUUCUGCCGACUUUUAUCAUCCAAAUUUUUAGGAUGGGUAUUGUCCUAUGCUUCUGCCUACAAUCUCUGUGUGGUUACAUUAGAGAGGUACAUUGCAAUAGUACACCCUCUACGCUACGCAAGGAAACUCACAACAGCACGGAUUGUUACUUUAAUUGUUCUGAUGUGGGUGAUAUCAUUUCUGAUAUCGUUACCUAUUAUAUUCACAAUCGAACCAAGCAAUAACCCCAAUAAGAUUUGCUCAAUCAAAUAUCCACACCCGUUAUUCCCAAUUCUACUCAGCAUAUUCACAUUUCUCUUUGGAUAUUUGCUACCCCUAACAUUAAUGAGUUUAGCUUAUUAUAAGAUGCAGGUCACUCUCAAACGACAGGCCAAAGCCCUGAAACUGCAACAUGCAAGGGCAGCAGCCUAUGAUCUUGUGAUAGCUAGACAGAACCUGGUCAGCAUGCUUAGAACUGUCUUGGGAGCUCUCAUUGUCUUAUGGACAGUGGAUUAUUUCGCCAUUCUUCUCUGCUUCCAACAAACGGACAAGGCUCAGUUCUUGUUCUGUGGAUCAACAGGCUACCACUAUACCAGAGUUUUCGCUAAUUCACUGUUUAAUUUCAAUUCAGUCAUCAAUCCCAUCAUCUAUGAGUUUAAAUACAAGAAAUUCAGGCAAGGCCUUAAGGUAGCUUUUUUCAGCUGCUUCAAAAGGCAUGGUGGUAACAGAGUUGACUUUGCGAUGUUUAUCAACUUUGGGGCCCAAUCCUCCCCAUAA